AUGACGACCAACAUGUCUGCCAACGCUGGCGGCACUCCCGCUGGAGUUAUUGACGGCAGCUCAAUUCACCGUGUUGAUACCGCCAAUGACGACAUUCAGAAGAUUCCUAACAUGGAGAAGGUGGACGAGUUUGGCGCUCAUGCCAAGACUGACCCUAAAGAAAUUGCCCUUGUCAAGAAGCUGGACGCGUUCAUCAUUCCUAUUCUCUGGUUGAUGUACCUCUUCAACUUUCUCGAUCGAAAUGCCAUCAUCAAUGCCAGGUUAAACACACUGGAAGCCGACCUUGGCCUGGUCGGGACCCAGUACAACACUUGUGUCUCCAUCUUAUUCGUAGGAUAUAUCUGCGGCCAGAUUCCGUCCAACAUGAUUUUGAACAGGGUACGGCCUUCCUGGUACAUGGCUGGCUUUUGCCUCGCAUGGUCUAUUGUCAGUCUCUUGACGUUCAAAGUCAACAGUUAUGAGGGAAUGAUUGCGUGUCGCUUCUUCCUUGGUAUCACCGAAGCACCGUUCUACCCAGGCGCACUAUAUAUCAUCAGCAUGUUUUACACCAGAAAGGAGGUCGCGACUCGCAUGUCCCUUUUCUAUACCGGAAACAUGCUGGCAAGUUCGUUCUCUGGACUCAUCGCCGCGGGUAUCUUCGCAGGGCUUGACGGGACUAUGGGCUUGGCUGGAUGGCAAUGGCUUUUCAUUGUCCAGGGAGCAGUAUCAAUCGGAGUUGCGUUUGCGGCAUUCUUCCUUCUCCCUGACCAUCCGUUAACCACGCGCUGGUUGACGCCCCAGCAAAGACAACUGGCACACAACCGCAUCUACAUCGAUACGACUGAUCGCCGUGAGGCAACUAGUGUAUGGGUCGGCCUUCGUGACGCUUGUCUCGACUGGCGCACCUGGGCAUUCUGCCUCAUGUACCAUCUUCACCUCGCAGCGAACGGCUUCCAAAACUUCCUGCCAACAGUCAUGCAAACCCUGGACUACAACACAACUGUCACCCUCGCUUUGACUUGCCCACCGUAUAUCCUGGCUGCUUUAGUCGGCAUCUUGGUUUCUUGGACUUCCGGCCGAUACAACGAGCGGACGCUGCAUAUCACGAUCAUGAAGGCUAUUGUCAUCGGUGGUUUCGUAGUGGCGGUUGCCACCCUCAAUAUUGCUGCACGGCUGGUGGGUAUCGUGUUCUUCGUUGGCGCCACGUUUGGAAUCAACAACAUUAUCCUCGGCUGGGCAUCUAGCACGUUGGGACAGACGGAUGAGAAGAAAGCCGUGGCAAUCGCCAUGUGUAAUACCCUUGGCAGUGUCGCCAGCAUUUACACACCUUACCUUUGGCCCAGCACAGACUCACCUCGCUACCUGACGGCAUGGAUGGCAAGCAUCGCCUUUUCGGUUGGAGUAAUCAUUAUCGCUUGGUGGCUGCGCAUCUCCCUGCAAAGAAAAAACAAGAAGACAAGGGAGAAUCACCCAGAAGAGACAAACUUUUACGUAUAUUAG